AUGUCUACCAGUACGGCAAUAUUUGGAACGCUUACGGGAUGUAUCGGUUGUGUGGUUGACAUCGAAUCCAUUUCAAAGAGAAGUCCAGGAUGUAUGAAUUUGAUGACAUUUGCGACUUUUGUUUGGAUUUCAUUUGUGGGUUUGGUUGUGCAGUCGAAUUACUUCACUAAACUGCCAUCCAACAAAAUACCAAUUUUAAGAGGUUAUUUGCCAAUCGUUGCUCUGUUUUUCAUUGUGAGUGUCAGUAAUAAUCUAUCAUUGAACUUCGAUAUCCCAAUGCCAUUAUUCAUCAUUUUUCGUUCGGGUACGCUGUUAGCAAAUCUACUGUUGGGUCGUUUAUUGCUCAGUCGAGUGUAUUCUUGGCGUAAAAUACUGGCCGUUGUGCUGGUUACAGUGGGAAUUAUUCUAUUCACAAUGGCUAGUUCAAAGGAAAAAAGCGAACAAAAAGCGGAAACAAGAAGCGCAAUUGUGCCAGAUUGGAUAUCUAUGCUGAGGAUUUCACCUUUCAUAAUUGGCGUUUCGCUUCUAACAAGUGCACUGUUCAUAUCAGCCUAUCUUGGUAUCCAACAAGAGAUUCUGUAUCGUACUUAUGGAAAACAUCCUGAAGAGGCGAUGUUCUUUAUUCCACUCGUUUGGGUAGAACGAGUAAGGUGUUUCCAGCACGUCCUUUCGUUGCCUGGCUUCCUGUUUUUAUCGAACGAUAUCUGGGAAACAAGCCAGCGUUUCAGCCGAUCUCCUGCUUUCAGUGUUUUCGGUGUGAAUGUGUGGACAUCUUUAUGGGUACAGCUGAUCUCGAUAUGUGUUCUGCAGUGA